CUAACUAAGCACUGUAAGAUUGUGAAAAAUUUAUAAUGUGUAGCAAUUUUAUAAAUUAGACACAUUGAUGCAGCAUUGUAUUGCUGUAUUUGUAAAUAAUUUAUUACAAUUUGCAUUUUAUUCAUUUUAAGUUGUUAUUAGAGUGUACAUAACAUGGCUUCAUUUCAUAAAGUUAUUGUGAUCAUUGGUUUUCUUUCGUUAUUCCAUACAGCUUUCUCAGCUACACAACAUCGAUCAUAUUUGAGGAUCACGUCACAAGAGUUUACCACGUUACCAUUGGAUAUUGUCAUCCAAGCUGUGGUCAGUUUGUUUGCUGUCAUGUGGGGAGUGUUGAAUGUGGCGGGUAAUCUUCGCGAAAUACCAGCUGCUGCUGAAUUAAAUGCUAUCAAAUGGGAGACACAGAACAAUCUUCCCUCAUUUUAUAUCUUCAAUCACAGAGGGAAGGCAUUAUCUUAUGAUUAUGUUCCCACACCAACUAAAGCAGAUCUAGAAAAUCUAGAAUGACUAAGAGUAUAAAAAAAUUAAAAAUAGAAUAAUUCUGCACAUUUUGCAUUUGUUACAUUUUAAAGAUUGUUAAAUUUUGCCAUAUCAAACAGAUUGUUAAUGAUAAUGAUGUUAUGUUAUUUGGUAAUAUUACAAGUGACAGUUAAAGCAAUUAGAAAAGUUGUAUUAUUGUUACUUACGAGAGCUAUAAAUUUAAGCAUAAUAUUUAUUUGAAUUGUCAUUAAACUACAUAACUAAAUUGGCAAAAUUUUCAUUAGUUUAUUUAAAACAAAUCUUAUAUGAUUGGUUUCAAUUGGUUGGAGUGAAGUGUACUUUUACAGGUAGUUUGGGCAAUUUAAGUGUUCCAUCUUUAUUGUAAAUAAAAGCUAUUAUUUACUAAAAAAAUAUUUUAUUAUAUCAAUUAUAUUAUAUUAAUAAUUGUUUAUUUCAUAAUUAAAUCAUAAAAUAAACAAUUAUUAAUAAAUAAGAUAAUUUUCAUAUCAAUAUAAGGCCUUGUGGUCUUUUAAGCGGGUAAACAGUUAUACAUUUAGAAUACUUUUCCAGAGUAGAUAAUUCACAUUGGUCAAUGACCAUAACUUAUUAUCAUAAAUAUCCAUAGCAGUGUUUAUAUGUGUUUAGGAAAUUGUUACAAUUAUGAGUUGUUUGUGUAAUAAU